AUGGUGGUUAAUCUCCUUCCCGAACUCUUUGAUGUGCUCCAGAUUACGUUCACUCAGUCGGUGAAGGUAAGGAAGGCUAAGAACGUCAUGUUCCAUGGUGACGUUCAGAAAAGCACGCAAAAAAUGCCACGUGUUUUCCGCACAUCCCAGGAGCAACGCCGCCAAGCUGCUUUAAACCGCAGCAGAGCCCGCUACCAACAAAAUGCGGUGGAAAUAAGAAGCAGGAACUCGCAACACAUCACCAAUGUACGAGCAAGCAACCCAGACUUACAGGAGGAAAGUCGUGCGCAGAAUUCCGCAGCACGGGCUCAGAGGAGACGCAGCGAAAGGAUUCGCAAUCUAGAGCGCCUUCGGGAUACUGCAGCACCUGCUGAUCGGCGACUUAAUCUGGUUCCAGAGAGGGUUCGGGACAUGGAAGCACGUGCGAACCGUCGGGAGAACCCGGAGGAACGUCGACGAGAGCAGUUACAAAACACUGCUGACCUUUCUACUCGGAGGGAUAAUCCAGAGCACCGAAUUCCCGAACGGAUUAGGGACAUAGAGGCACACGCGGCCCGCCGAGAGCACCUUGAGGAGCGGCGACGAGAGCAGGUGCAAAAUACUGCUGACCAUGCCUCUCGGAGGACCAAUUCCGAAUUUCGAAUUCAAGAGCGGAUUCGGGACGCCGCAGCGCGAGCUGCUCAUAGUGAGGACCCAGAAGAACGUGCAAGGGAACAGGAAAGGAACACUGGAGAACACCGACAGCGACGAAGGGAUACGGAAGACAGGCAGCGAGAACGGGAAAGGGACGCCGAUUACAGGAGAGCAACCAGGAGAAAUCCCAUCGCAAGAACACAGGAGAAACGGAUAAACACAUCACAACGCCGGGAAACACGACAACAGCGGAAGAUUCGGGAAGAACAAAUUAGGCAAAUGGCGGAGGAACUUUUGUUAAACUUUAAGAUGGACCCCAUAGAUAUUUCGCUUUAA